GAAGAACCAGCUAAAGAUACAUAAAAGAAACAUUAAAUGUUAUUUGAAUAAAUGGCACAAAUAGUUUAGUGAAGGUGAAGCUGGGUCACGGCUCUGGUUUCUGCUGGGUUUCUGACGGGAAAAACGUGUUUCGGGUCGGAACCAGCAGUGAAGCGGACGGUAAAGAUGGUGUCCGUCCUGUUCAGAUGUUAUCGUCGGCUGCCUUCAUCCUUCACUCUGGCUCGGUUCGUUUUCAACCAGAAUCUGGUUCGGAGUCAGCGGUGCUGUCUGGUCCGGGCGGGUAGCCUCCCGGCCAGCCGGGCCUACAGCUCGGAGCGCGAUCAGAACCACCCGAAGCCGAAGGUGGUGGUGUUCGGCAUCCCGAACCCGUUCAUCUGGAUCCGGACCCGGAUCUGCUACUUCUUGAUCAGAACCUACUUGGACGAAGAGUUCAGCAUCGAGGAGUUCACACAGGGAGCGAAGCAGGCUUUCUCCCACGUCUCCAGACUUUUGUCUCGGUGUCAGUUUGAGGCUCUGGAGGGCCUCGUCGCUAAAGAUCUGGUCAGGAAGCUGAAGCAGAAGUGCGGCUCGUUGCCGUGCAGCUACCAGAGAGCUCUGUGUGCCGAGCCGCAGGACAUGAUGUACACGAUGCUGGGAGACAUGGCCGUCUUCUUAGACCACAACGGUGAGCUAAGAUCUGGCAGCACAAACAAAACACUGACAACAGCACAUUUAUUCCUAACAGGGCUUUUUAUUCAUUUAUUAUUAAUAAAAAACACAAAUGAUUUCUUACAAACUGUUUUUAUUUAUUUUGAAAGACACUAAUUAAUUUCUAACUUUAAGUGUUUAGAUUAGGGGUCACCAACCUGGUGCCCGCGGGCACCCGGUCGUCCGGAGGGACCUUUUCAGUCGCCCGCGGAGCCACUUCUAAAAAUAGCAUUAUCAUUAGGGAGCACUACCAAAAAAUAAUUUAAUUAAAUGUUUUUACAUUGAAGUAAUGAUGUUUGUUUAUAUUUAGAGUUCAAAAGAG